UUGUGAGGUGCAUCUGUCUGUGCGUUUUUGUAGCCACCGUAUCGACUUCAGUGUUUAUCUGGUUGUCAUGGCGGAGGGACGUGGAGAACUACAGCCUCAGCCGCCGAUUCACCUACCACCGGCCAGCAAGCGACCUUGCUUGCGACCCGCUCCUCGUGGACCGGGUCCGGGGCCCGGGCCGGGAUAUCCGAACUCUCGUCUUCGCUGUCCGGAGUCUCUUUUGGACUGUGCUGCUAAGGCCGUAGCUGAGAAAUGGGCCUUCGAAAGAGUGGAGGAACGCUUCGAGCGGAUCCCCGAGCCAGUUCAGCGCCGCAUAGUGUACUGGUCAUUCCCGAGGAACGAAAGGGAAAUUUGUAUGUAUUCGUCGUUUCAGUGUCGCGUUGCGGGUGAAGAUCCAUGGGCCGUUGGCUCAAGCGCUUCCGCUGGGUCUGGGGCUGUCCCUGGAGGGGUUACAACCACACCGGGGAACACGGGGGCAGGGGCCACCGGAGAUGGGCUCCCUUUCCGCCGGGGGAUCCGGCUUUUGGAGACCGGUUGUGUGGAAAAUGUCUUACAAGUCGGUUUCCACCUCAGCGGCACGGUCACGGAGCCGGCGACGGCGACGGACCCCGAGGUCACGCACCGCGUGGCCAUCAGCUUCGACCGCUGCAAGAUCACCUCGGUGACGUGCGGCUGCGGCAACCGCGACAUCUUCUACUGCGCGCACGUGGUGGCGCUCUCGCUCUACCGCAUCCGCAAGCCGGAGGCGGUGAAGCUGCGGCUGCCCAUCUCCGAGACGCUCUUCCAGAUGAACCGCGACCAGCUGCAGAAGCUGGUGCAGUACCUCAUCGCCGCGCACCACACCGAGGUGCUGCCCACCGCCCAGAAGCUCGCCGACGAGAUCCUCUCCUCCAACUCGCAGAUCAACCAAGUCAACGGUGCCCCGGAUCCCACCGCUGGGGCUAGUAUUGACGAUGACAACUGCUGGCACUUGGACGAGGAGCAAGUCAGGGAGCAGGUCAAACAGUUCCUCUCCCAAGGCGGCUACUACGGCACAGGCAAACAACUCAACUCCAUGUUUGCCAAGGUGAGGGAGAUGCUUCGGAUGCGCGACUCCAACGGCGCCCGCAUGCUGACUCUCAUCACCGAGCAGUUCAUGGCCGACCCUCGCCUGUCACUAUGGCGACAGCAGGGCACGGGAAUGACGGACAAGUGUCGCCAGCUCUGGGACGAGCUAGGUGCCCUGUGGGUGUGCAUCGUGCUGAACCCGCACUGCAAGAGCGAGGAGAAGGGCAUGUGGCUGAAGCAGCUGAAGAAGUGGGGCGACAUGGACAUCUGCCCUCUGGAGGACGGCAACUACGGCAGCGAGUUGCCCAACAUCACCAACGCCCUGCCGCAGAGCAAUUUGGCCCAAGACUCUUUGGGCCGGCCAAGGCGGACGGUGUUCACGCGAGCGGUGGAGGCCUGCGAUCUGCACUGGCAGGACAGCCACCUCCAGCGCAUCAUCAGCAGUGACUUCUACAUCUCCCCGGCCUACCAGAGAGAGGGAGAGAGCCUCCUCUUCAACCCCCAAGGCCUGCCGCUGUGGCUGGAUCAUGUACCGACUGCCUGUGCACGAGUGGAUGCUCUCCGUUCCCAUGGUUACCCCCGGGAAGCCUUACGCCUGGCUGUGGCCAUCAUUAACACCUUGCGGCUUCAACAGCAUCGACAGCUGGACAUUUACAAGCACCAGAAGAAAGAGCUCCUCCAGAGAGGAAUGACCAGCACCACGAAUCUGGAGGGGUGGGUCGGCCAUCCUCUGGACCCCAUUGGCUGCCUUUUCGCCACUCUGACAGAGACCUGUCGGGUAGAGGAUGACAACGCCAUGGAUACAGGAGACUCCAGCGAGCCCAAGCCGCCCGUGUACCAGCACGUGUCGGUGUGGGGCUGCCUGGACGGCAGCGAGUCGUACCUGGCGCUGGCGCUGGAGGUGGCGCUGAUGGGCAUGGGGCAGCAGAGGCUGAUGCCUGAGGGGCUGUACGCCCAGGACAAGGUGUGCCGCAACGAGGAGCAGAUCAUCGCCAAGCUCCAGGAGCUGCAGCUGGACGAGCUGCUGGUGCAGACGCUACGCAAGCAGGCCAUCCUGCUGCUGGAAGGAGGUCCUUUCAGUGGCAUGGGCGAGGUCAUCCAUCGGGAGAGUGUGCCCAUGCACACCUUUGCCAAGUACCUGUUCACGGCACUGCUGCCCCACGAUGCCGACCUGGCCUACAAAGUAGGACUGCGCGCCAUGAGGCUGCCUGUGCUGGAGUCGUCGGCUCCAUCGGGCGAUAUUGGUCACCAUGGCCUCUCGAUUGUGCCUAGUCGUUAUCCUCGCUGGUUCACUCUCGGCCACCUGGAGUCUCAACAGUGUGAAGUGGCCUCCACCAUGCUCACCGCAGCGAAAGGUGACAUGUUGCGUCUCCGAACGGUCCUGGAGGCCAUCCAGAAGAACAUCCACUCUCCAUCCCUCAUCUUCAAGCUGGCCCAGGAUGCCUUCAAGAUCGCCACCCCCGCAGACAGCCCCCCAGACAUCACACUGCUCAAUGUGGCCCUGGAGCUCGGCCUGCAGGUGAUGAGGAUGACUCUUUCUACGCUGAACUGGAGACGCAGAGAGAUGGUCCGCUGGCUAGUCACCUGUGCCACAGAAGUCGGCCUGCGUGCUCUGGUCAGCAUCCUGCAGGGCUGGUACACCCUCUUCACCCCGACCGAAGCCACCAGCAUCGUGGCGGCCACCGUCAUGUCCCACAACACCGUGCUGCGCCUGAGCCUGGACUACCCGCAGCGGGAGGAGCUGGCCAGCUGCGCCCGCACGCUGGCGCUGCAGUGUGCCAUGAAGGACCCCCAGAACUGCGCGCUGUCCGCCCUCACGCUCUGCGAGAAGGACCACGUGGCCUUCGAGACGGCCUACCAGAUCGUCAUCGACGCAGCGUCCACGGGCAUGACCUACUCGCAGCUGUUCACCAUCGCGCGGUACAUGGAGCACCGCGGCUACCCGCUGCGCGCCUUCAAGCUGGCGUCACUGGCCAUGGCCCACCUCAACCUGGCCUACAACCAGGACACGCACCCGGCCAUCAACGACGUGCUGUGGGCCUGCGCCCUCAGCCACUCGCUGGGCAAGAACGAGCUGGCCACCAUCAUCCCGCUCAUGGUGAAGAGCGUGCACUGCGCCACCGUGCUCUCGGACAUCCUGCGCCGGUGCACCAUGACGGCGCCAGGGCUGGCGGGCAUCCCCGGCCGCCGCAACUCGGGCAAGCUGAUGUCGACGGACAAGGCGCCGCUGCGGCAGCUGCUGGACGCCACCAUCAGCGCCUACAUCAACACCACGCACUCGCGCCUCACGCACAUCAGCCCGCGCCACUACGGCGAGUUCAUCGAGUUCCUCAGCAAGGCGCGCGAGACCUUCUUGCUGGCCCAGGACGGACACAUUCAGUUCGCCCAGUUCAUAGACAACCUUAAGCAGAUCUACAAGGGCAAGAAGAAGCUGAUGAUGCUUGUGCGAGAACGAUUUGGCUAAAGCCGCCAACCAAUCGGGGGCCUGGGGAAGGGGUUUCAUAAGGAACUGCUUUUUUUUGUCAUUUAUUUAAAUCCAUCACGUUAUUUUAUUUUUUUCCUCUCUUGUUUUUGUUGUCAUUUUUUGGUGAAUUUUAUUUUGGUGAUUUACUUGUUGACUUGAGUUGUUUUGUGUGUGUGCGUGUGAAUGUGUUUGUGUCUGAGAGUGAUUUUUGUGCGUGCGUGUGUGCGUGUAAGUAUGUGAGUGUGAGUGUGAGUAUGAGCUGUUCACUAAGUUAUUCUACCAGGUAGAACCUGUGGAAGAUAAGUAGAAACACAAGCAGAAUGGAGGAGUAUUUUACCUAAUUUAGUAAAAAAAAGAGCAUAUUGUGGUUUAACAAAUGUAGAAGUGGCACAUAAAGAUAAAAACCAAAUGAUACAUGGGGCAUACUUUGAGCCAGGGGAAUCUUUCCGUCGACAUGGUUGUCAGGGGACUUUUUGUUUUGUUUUGCACAAGCUUGAAUUUUUUUUCAGAAAACACACGAAAUGCAGAGCGUCAUUCCUACGAAUACUCACAAGCUAGUGUUAAUACCUCGACUGUAUUCCAAGACUCAGCUUUAAUGUGUCCGUGUGUGGAAGAGGAGCCAGGUCCUCUGGCCCCCUCUUGCACUGCGGUGGGCAGGAGUGGGCGGGGUGGGAGCCGGGGGAUGGUCACACCAUUAGCAGUCCGUUCCCAAAAUCCCUCAGGUGCCUGCCUCUCUCUCCCCCCCGCCCCCCCCCUCCCUGCUCAACCUCAGCCAAGCUACCGACCUUAAGCCCAACAUCCCCACCUCCUUCCUCUUCUCUCUACAUCCUGAUCGUGUUGAGUAGCAUCUCCUUUUCUGCAGAGCAACAGCAGUGCUUUUUUUAAAAUCUGUAUGAGGAAGGUGAGGAAGAGCUCAGACUGUUUAGUGUGGCAAAGUUUUGUGCUUUCUGUAUUCUACAGAGACAUGCAGACAUAAUAGAGACUGCAGUUGAGCCAGGUUGACUGUUCCAGACUUCAAGUUAAUAUUGGGUUUGCCUUUGGUUUACCCUCGUAUGGUUAUAGGGUAGAACUUUUACUUGUUUUUUUCCUGGCUUUUAUUAUUUUUAAGUCUGAUAAUGGAAGAACAGAGCUGUGUAAAAAGGGGGAUAUUUAUUCAAUCAUGUCAUAACUAUGGUGUUUUAUCAGCCUCCCAAUUCCCAAUUUAUCAGAGUUAUUGCUGUUCUUCGACCUCCCAUGUCUGGCUAAGUAACCAGAAAAAUCUUGGAAUUGAGUAUCAAAAUGGCAGUAGUAUUGGCCUUCAAGCACUUGACACUACUCUACCCAUGGGCCUUCUGCCUUUGGUCAGUAAAAACUAUAUUGAAAAAAAUCCUUUAUCCUCUCUCACUCCUCCAUCACACACACGCACACUAUUUGGCUGAAUAUUUGAAAAAAUAAAAAGAUAUUUAAAAGUGUGGAAUUUGAAAUUCGAAAGGAUUUUGUAAUAAUUAACUGGGGGGUGGGUUUAAUGAUUGUGUACUAUCUUCCACAUUCCAUGAUGGCCACCCUCCGUAAAGUGCCCCAGUGUGAACACUUAGAAUGCAUGCUGCAAUGUGCACCCGAAGGAUCAUGGGAGGAGUAGAGUUCAAAGAAAAACAAAAUGAAAUGAAACAAAGUGAAACGAAAGUAAACAUGAAAAGAGAUGCUCAACUCCGUUCUCAGGGAAUCACUUAAAGAAAUGAAACAAAAAGUAGUAGCAGAAGCAUUUAAGAUAUUGUAAAUAUGAAAGUGUCAAUUCAAGAAAAUUGUAAAGUUAUAAUUAUUUAUGGUGACUGUUUUUUUUUCUCCUUUUUUUUGUUACGGUUUGGUUUUGUGUUUAAUUUUUUCACAUACUUGAAUUUUUUGUGGGCUGGGAAUGUGACAACAGCAAGAGGAGAAAGAAAAGACUUUGAAAAUUCUCAGGUGCUCCUGUGUACAUUUCUCUGAUUUUCGUUCAUUUGUAUCGGUUUUGCAAUGUGUUUAAGCAAAAGAUUGGAGACUGGAGGACAAUUGUGAGCAGGAAUGAACAGACUAUGCAGACCACGUAAUGGUACCCCCUCUCCCUAACACAUAAACACAAACACACACACACACACACACACACACACACACACACAUGCACACACACCUAUGUACACACACUAGACCCGUACACUACACUUUGUUUUCUCUUGAAUGGCUUCCAGCGUACUGAGAGAAAAAGUGUGGGACAUUUUCCCCCAGAUUUUUAAGACACAGAUUCAGACGGUUCGCAUUUAACAAGUACCUGCAUGUUGUGUGAACCGCAGCUGGCCUUUGCCUUCGAUAGAUUGACACACAAGUUCUUACUUCAAACUUUAAGCCUUAUUGUAUUCUCUCAAAGCACCAGUGUGUGUUUGCAAGACUGUAGCGAUGGAGAAAUGUCGCCUUUGGCCUCCUCGCCCCCCUGUUUUGAGUGCAGGAGGCUGGGUCCUCUGUUGGCCCACCAUAACCCUUCCCUGUAGUGAUCCGCUUAACCAAUCCCCCACACGCCCGUCCCUGAUCCCAUGCUCAGCAGAGGAAGAGGGUGGAUGUUGUUUUUUUGUUAUUUUUUUAGUUCUCCUUUAGGGGGAGCAGGGAGAGGGCACCCUGGAAUGACUAACUGAGUAAAAGCCCUGUGAGGGCCUCUCCUUUUACUGGGACCCAUUGCUCUUGUAAAGGACUUGACUCUUGACAAGACAUGCCUGACUCAUCCUGUGCCCGUAUAUUAGUUCUGUGUUGGGGUUUUGUAUUUUGGUUUUCAUUUUUGUUUUGUUUGGUCCCUCUUCUAGUUCUCCCUAGGGAUCAGCAACGCUCCUGAAGGCUAGUAAUUUUGCGGCUUCUUUCAUGGGCCAUGUUAACGAAACGCCACUCACCAUCCGUUCAUCACCCCCUUUAUCUCACCUAGAGGUGAGAGCAAAAGACAAGCAGACUGAGGGAAUAAUUGCCUUUUCCAAGAAACAUUACUGCAGGAUGAGCUAGUGUCGCCUGUUCUAUACAAAAAAAAAAAAAACGUUUUUUGUUUUGUAGUGGAAUUAGACAGUCCUAUGCCAUUGCAAAGAAAACAGAAAAAAAAUACAAAAAAAUGAUGAAAAAAAUCCCUUGGCUUUCCUCAGUCCCCACUCCCAUACUCUGAGUGUCUAUGUGUUAACUGUACCAGUGUUUAAACCCGUCCCUAGACUCUUUAGAAGGAAAGCAUAAUAAUCGCUGGUAGAGAUUGUUCACUAGUUCAUCUACUGUUUCAAUUUUAUUUGUCUUUAAUUUUAUUAUUUUUUUACUGUUUAUUUAAGGGAAAAGUGUUUGUCGCCUCUUUGUGCUACUGAAUUGUAAGAAAAAGUUAUCCAGUAUUUGUUGCCACAAAAGUAUAGUUCAUCAACACUUUUUGUUCGUGCAACCUCUUGAGCUAAUGUCUAUAAACAAAAAUUUAUUACUAUUUAUGUAAUGCUACUACCAUUUUAUAUGAUUUGUGUUGGAAGUUCAGUGCUUUUCUAUGAAUAAAGUGUGAAACACA